CCUUGCAUUGUGACUUUCGGAGAGAUUUGUAAUAGUCAUUUACUUAUAAUUAUGCCACCUAAUUCAAUAGUAACAAUAAGGUACGGUCCAUACGAUUCGUGUGGAAUUGUCGAUCAUAGAACGUUUCGCCUGGACGGCUUACAAGCGGUCCUCAAAGGUGACGGUCACCGGUGUGUCCUCGAGAAAACAGAUGACUGGAAUACAGUUGAGCUCAUUGUGAAUGGAGAGCGCGUGUAUUCAUGUAGCAUCACUGACCUUGUAUUUGGGGGUGAUGGACGACUUGAUCCGCUGUGCCAGGAGGCCAUUGACGCGGUGAGGGACGCGUACUGAACAACGAACCUGAUUUAAAUUGAAGCUAGCAUAUUUUCUUUGCCGAAUACUAAACACACUGUAUAACGUUACC